GUUGGAAUAAGUUAACCCGAUGCUGCGCACCAACAAGUCUAGAUUAGCACAAAUUAAUGGCCUACACUGCCAAAAAUACAUUCUCUCUCCUCCCUUUUUAAUAGCCGAUCUCCCUCUCGUUCACAAACCCCCUGUAUAACCCCCCCACAGCCACAGGUGGAGACAACCAGGAGCGCCCAAGAAGAGCGGCAGAAGGAAUCCCGGCCUCUGUAGCAAAGAAUCCAUUCCACCUGUCUCUCCUCAUCGAGAUCUCGCAGCGGCAGGGAGCAGUGAGGUGAGCUCGAGCGGCCAUGGCGUUCAGGGCGUGCCUCCCGUCCCACAAGGCCUCGCCGUCGCCCUCCGUCGCGCAGAGGAGGGCCAACAAUGGGCCGCCGCCGGUCGUGGCCAUGGCCUCCACAAUCAACGAGGUCAAAACUGCCAAAAAGCCUUAUGCUCCUCCGCGUGAGGUGCAUCUCCAAGUCAUGCAUUCGCUACCAGCACAAAAGCAGGAGAUUUUCGAUUCACUUCAAUCUUGGGCCAGGGACAACCUAUUGAAUCUCCUGAAGCCAGUUGAGAAGUCUUGGCAGCCACAGGACUUCCUACCAGACCCUUCUUCCGAUGGAUUUUAUGAUGAAGUAAAAGAACUAAGGGAGCGGGCAAAGGAAAUCCCUGAUGACUACUUUGUUUGCCUAGUUGGGGACAUGGUUACUGAGGAAGCCCUUCCUACCUACCAAACAAUGCUCAACACCCUUGAUGGUGUCCGUGAUGAAACGGGAGCAAGCCCAACUGCCUGGGCUGUUUGGACAAGAGCAUGGACCGCUGAAGAAAACAGACAUGGGGAUCUCUUGAACAAGUAUAUGUACCUUUGUGGGCGCGUUGAUAUGAGGCAAAUUGAGAAGACCAUACAAUACCUUAUCGGUUCUGGAAUGGACCCAGGAACUGAGAAUAAUCCAUACAUGGGUUUCCUUUACACAUCAUUCCAAGAGAGAGCAACAUUCAUAUCCCAUGGCAAUACCGCUAGGCAUGCCAAGCAGUUUGGGGACCUUAAAUUGGCCCAGAUAUGUGGUACGAUAGCAGCUGAUGAGAAGCGCCAUGAGACAGCUUACACCAAGAUAGUCGAGAAGCUCUUUGAAAUCGAUCCUGACUACACGGUGCUUGCGUUUGCUGACAUGAUGAGGAAGAAGAUCUCGAUGCCUGCUCAUCUCAUGUACGACGGUGAGGACGACAACCUAUUCGAGCACUUCAGCUCAGUUGCGCAGCGGCUUGGCGUGUACACAGCAAAAGACUAUGCAGACAUUCUUGAGUUCUUGGUCCAGCGGUGGAAAGUUGCAGAUCUCACCGGACUAUCGGGUGAAGGGAGACGGGCGCAGGACUAUGUGUGCACCUUGGCAACAAGGUUCAGGCGGCUGGACGAGAGAGCGCAAGCAAGGGCUAAACAGGGGCCUGUGAUUCCGUUCAGCUGGGUCCACAACCGCAAAGUGCAGCUGUAAUCAGGAGAAACUCAAGGUUAACAGGACUAUAUAUCCUAUAUUGUUUCGGGUCACAGGCUUUCUACAAGAGAACAAUGUAGGCUUCCUAGCAGGGUAGAAGAAUGUUUUAUGUGCUGUCCUGUAGGUUGGAUGACAGUUGGUGAGGCUGGUGAAACUGCUGUGAGAUGCUCGCCAUAAUAGCCAUGAAGGGCUCCGUUGCACUUUUGUUGUAUUGAAUAUUUUAUGUGAGUGUCGAGGUUUACAGGGCUUGUAUAAGUUUCAAAGUAAUAAAUGGAUAAUUUGUAUA